UUGAGACAGUGAUGCGAAUUACACUAAUGAACGAACUCGAUUGAACAAAGGAAAAAAUAUUAAUCAAUCAAUUGUGAAAGAGGUCCAACGAGAGAGCGAGUUGAGCUCGUGAAGUUGAAAGAUGAUUUAUCAGUCGACUCAUCAAUCCCCCACGAUGUCCUCCAGCCGAAAAACAUCGCCGCGUCCUCAGCACCGCAAGUUCCAGUCGAUGGCUGCUAAAUCAUCGGUGUCUUCUAACUCGAGGGGCAAGAGGGAUUGUGACAGGCCAGCGGAACGUUGUCGGGGUAGAUGUCGCGUUCAGUGGAGUGAGAAGCAUGUCAAAGAGGGCUUGGUGCUUGUGCAGGAGGCACAGCUUGCACGAGUCGUUAAAACUGGUCCUAUUGCUGAACAUUAUGAGAUUGAUCCUAAACCAUUUGCUAGUGGCCAAUGGGCAAAAGUCUAUCGCUGCAGGUCGCGCUCAACAGGUACCCUCUACGCCGCAAAAUACUCAUCCCGGAAUCGAUUCAACACCGAUUGCAGUGCAGAGUUGCGUCACGAAAUAGCACUAUUAUCCCUGUGCUCCCAGUCUCCUCGAGUCGUUCGACUCCAUGAUGUCUACGAGACUCCAAAGGAAAUUAUCCUGGUCAUGGAGUAUGCACCCGGUGGAGACCUGCAGACCCUCAUAGACGGCGACUUGGUGCCACUGGAGGGCGACGUUGUGCAUUUCGUGAAGCAGCUGGUGGAGGGACUCGCCUACCUCCACGAGAGAAAUAUCGCUCAUUUGGACAUCAAGCCUCAGAACCUUGUGAUGAUGGGGAGUUUCCCUGAGUGCGAUGUCAAACUCUGUGACUUUGAGAUAUCAAGGGUAGUGCUUGAGGGAACGGAAGUGCGGGAGAUUCUGGGAACACCGGAUUAUGUUGCUCCUGAAAUCCUACACUACGAGCCAAUAACCCUAGCUGCAGACAUGUGGUCCCUUGGAGUAACUACUUAUGUACUUCUCACUGGAUUCUCUCCAUUUGGUGGUGAGACGGAUCAAGAGACUUUUCAGAAUAUUUCAUUGGGAGAGGUGGACUUCCCGGAGGAACUCUUCGAAGAUAUUUCAGCACAGGCGAAGGACUUUGUCGCCAGUCUUCUCGUGCUUGACCCAAGUGCACGGAUGUCAGCGAAGCAAUGCCUGCGCCACGAGUGGCUCCGAGGUGCGCCAACCCAAGCAUCUCCACACCUCCGAAAAUACCUCUCAAAAUCCCGUGAGGUUCUCCUGGAGCGCGUAGUCAGCCGUGAAAAUCUCCGCCGAGCGGCUCUCCUGAGCCAAGCCACCAGUCACGCCAAUUUGACCGAAGCGACAGUCGACCCUGGCUUCAGCAGCCACCUCAGUCAGAGUGAGAUGUGCCUAAACCUGUCCUUAACAGGAAGCCGAGGAAGCUUGACGAGCAGCGAAUGCUACAUGAGUCCUGCCGACUCGCAGACGAGCCUGACCUCCUCUCAAAACAGCUUAGCAACGAGUCAAGCUAGUCUCGCAGCGAGCCAGAGCUACCUUCUCAACAAGGAACAGACCCAAGGACUCCUGAAUCAGGCGCAGAGUCGAUCCCAAGCGAAUCUCAAUCACGUAACACGCAGGGGACUCCUGUCUAGAAUGCGCAGUCUCAAUCAGAUUCAGUCACAAGCGUGUCUCGUCAGCGGAAAGACAGCGCUACAAAAGGAGCACAUGAAUCCCUUGUUCGGUAGUAGAUCUCAGGAGAAACUUUACGGAUUGAAAUGUCUGUCCAAGUCUCAAGGGGUUCUGGACAUCUACAGGAGCCUCGAGUGCCUCCGGAACUCUAGGAAGACGAAGAAGAAGAAUCAGCGAUCGGUCACUGAAGAUCUCCCUAUUUUCAAUAAGCUAGGGUCUGAAGCCUUGUCGACAUCGAUUGGGGCCAUCGAUAAUCCCGAAGAACCGGUAAAAAUCCCUCAAAUUCCACAAUCAAGACGUGAACGUCCAGAAGACAGAGACGACUCGAAAAAUAAAAAGCUGCAAGCGGACAAAUCCCAGAAUCAAACGAUCGUGAAAGAGUCUACCGACAAAAUCGUUGAAGUUAACGUGAAAGACUCGACGUCUGAGGCUGAGGAGAACCUCGACAGCCUGCAAUCAGUGGAGUCUGACACCUUAACUGAGGACUCCGAUGAGACGCCCGUAGAUAAGAACAGACUAUCAGUGAGACAACCCUCGCAUCGUCAGCACUCGAACAUCUCCUCCCACUCCAACAACUCCGGAAAUUCCGACGAAAAGGACGAGCACUCUGACUUCGAGAACGACGAGCCAAAGUACUCCGUCGCGCAACUAGUAUCCGCCUUCAACAAACAUCAAGAAGUGGCGUCGAAAACUAGUCUAGAAGCGAUAAUGAUCGAGAAACGAGUGAAUGAGGUGACUUUUCCAACUGGUCCAAAAGCUCUAAGACUCUUCAUUCCAGACAUAAACAUCACGGAGCGUGGAAUCGUCAGGCGGAAGACGAGUUACAAGCCCAGGAAGAACUGGGAGGAGUUGAGGAAACAGAAUGAGAAGAACGAGGGUCUGAUCAAGGACUUCGACAACGACUCGGGGAAUGAGGACGACGAGGAGUCUGAGACCAGCGAGAGGAUUGAAGACAAGAGUCAAGGGGAUUCGACAGUUGAGGCUUCAGAGAUUAAGAGCGAAGAGAUCCACUGGUCGUCUGAAGAAUUCCCAGGUCGAGGGGACGAGACACUCGAGAACAGGGACACUACCAUCGACGAGAAAUACAAGCACUGCGUUAAUAUUGCUAGAUCCGGGCAGAUAACUAAAGAAUCUAACAACGAGAACGAAAAAGCUGUCGAUAAAGCGCAGAAAUCCGCAACCACUCGAAUCCCAAGAUCGUCCUAUCAGAAGGAACGACUGCCUAACUACAUAUAUCCGGAGAUGAUGAGCCCUCGUGAUGAGCCCUCAAAGUUUUCGAAAGCCCAGAAGGAUCAGGAUAAUUCAGUGAACCUGAAGGAUAUCCUUCAGAGGUCUGACGGCAGUCAAACGGCCCAAAAGGAGAAUCUGGAGAAGCUGAGGAAGAGAACGUCGAUAACCAAGAUCAUUGUGAACGAUAAUUCACCGGGGGAUAGUGACACGAAUAACAAUGGAUUGAGCAGGGCGAAGAGUGAGCCUCCGGUGGUGAUCGUAACUCAAUGUAAGGAGGAUGAUGACAAAGCCGAGGGAAAUCCCUCGUUGACUAGAUCGAGUUCUUCGUCGAGUGAGAGGAGUUCACCGACUCCUUCCAGUGGCCAAUCGGAAUUGUCUGGGGUUUCCUGGGAUAAGGAUGACGGAAAAUCCCAGAGGAAGGUGGCCACCACCUGCGAGAGCUCAAGACCAUACUCAGAUAAAUUGGAGACUAAAAAAGUCCCGUUGACGCCCGAGGAGAGAAGAAUAAGAGGGAAAGUCUGCACUGGUUCUUACACACGUGCAAUGGAGAAAUUCACCAGCAAAAACAGCGACCGAAAAGCCAUAAAUUCAUUGACAACACAGCAGACUGAUAAAACCAGGAGAAAGAGCAGUCCAAAUAUGCCACAAAAUGGAUCCUGAGUUGCAUUAUCUUUCAACAUGGAGAUCUCUCUUUAAAUUGAAUUCUUAUUUCUUCAUUAAGACUGAGCCGGUACCAUAUGCGCUUUUUAUAUAUAUAUAUUAUUCGUUUUUUAUACUCAUGGGCCCUGUGGGACAAACAAAUAAUCGACGUCGACUCGGUGAUAUUUUCUGGAAAGCCUCGAUCUAGAUUCUCUCCCUUGAUUUAUUUCGUACGUUAUAUAUAACGUUUUAUGUCUCUAUUUUAGAAACCGGUUUUUACGAGGAUUUUGAUCCCUUUGAUCUGACAAUUGAUUGAACUAUAACUUACAGACGAUUGAUGACAAUCGUGACACGCACGAAAAACUUUCAUUGAGUAAUGUAGUUGAUUCAAUAGAUAAAUUUAUUGAACUUCUAUUGACACUUGUAUUGGUUUUUGGUAAAUUCUAUUAAAAAAUUUCGUUGCUUCACUGGGCAUUUUUGUAUGGAAAAGUUCAAUAGAAGAUUUUUUUGUAAAAAUCAAUAGAAUUUCAUAUUUCUAUGCAAAAUUUUCUGUAGG